AUCUCGUAUUUACAGGGAGAAAAACUCUGUCUCUCUAAAAAAGCCUCCUUUCUUCUUCGAUUCCACUUCCCCCGAAGGCCUUCUCAUUCUCAGAGUUCGAAUCACCUGGAUCGCUAGGGUUUCCUGGACAUCUUCUCUCCCAAGCUUCAAUAGUCUGCGAAAAUGCCUCUCAGACUCGAAAUUAAGAGGAAACUUGCUCAAAGAUCAGAAAGAGUAAAGUCUGUGGAUCUGCACCCGACAGAACCAUGGAUUUUGGCGAGUUUGUAUUCAGGAACUGUGUGUAUCUGGAAUUACCAAUCACAGACCAUGGCUAAAUCUUUUGAGGUCACUGAGUUACCUGUUAGAUCAGCCAAAUUUAUAGCACGGAGGCAAUGGGUUGUUGCUGGAGCUGAUGACAUGUAUAUUCGUGUUUACAAUUACAAUACAAUGGAUAAGGUUAAAGUAUUUGAGGCACAUACAGACUACAUUAGGUGUGUGGCAGUUCAUCCUACACUUCCAUAUGUGCUGUCGUCGUCUGAUGAUAUGCUCAUUAAGCUCUGGGAUUGGGAAAAGGGUUGGAUUUGUACUCAGAUUUUUGAAGGACAUUCUCAUUAUGUAAUGCAAGUUACUUUUAACCCAAAGGACACCAACACCUUUGCAAGUGCUUCACUCGAUCGCACCAUUAAGAUUUGGAAUCUGGGCUCGCCAGACCCAAAUUUUACUUUGGACGCUCAUCAAAAAGGAGUGAAUUGUGUUGAUUACUUUACAGGGGGUGAUAAGCCUUAUCUAAUCACUGGUUCUGAUGAUCACACUGCCAAGGUUUGGGAUUAUCAAACAAAAAGUUGUGUUCAGACCCUAGAAGGCCACACCCACAAUGUUUCUGCUGUAUGUUUCCAUCCUGAUCUUCCAAUUAUUAUAACAGGCUCUGAGGAUGGAACAGUUCGUAUUUGGCACUCAACCACCUAUAGGCUUGAGAACACAUUAAACUAUGGCCUCGAGAGAGUUUGGGCCAUUGGAUACAUGAAAGGCUCACGUCGGGUUGUGAUUGGUUAUGAUGAAGGGACUAUUAUGGUCAAACUUGGCCGUGAAGUGCCUGUUGCUAGUAUGGACAACAGUGGAAAAAUUAUUUGGGCUAAGCAUAAUGAAAUUCAGACUGUGAACAUUAGGAGUGUGGGAGCAGAUUUUGAGGUUACUGAUGGAGAGAGAUUACCUUUGGCUGUUAAGGAGUUGGGUACCUGCGAUCUUUACCCACAGAGUCUAAAACACAAUCCAAAUGGGAGGUUUGUUGUUGUAUGCGGAGAUGGUGAGUACAUUAUUUAUACUGCCUUGGCAUGGAGAAAUCGAUCUUUUGGUUCAGCUUUGGAGUUCGUUUGGUCCACUGAUGGAGAAUAUGCUGUCCGAGAGAGUACCUCAAAGAUUAAGCUUUUCAGUAAAACCUUCCAGGAAAAGAAGAGUAUUCGGCCAACCUUUUCUGCUGAGCGCAUUUUUGGUGGAAAUUUAUUGGCAAUGUGCUCAAAUGAUUUUAUUUGUUUUUAUGAUUGGACUGAAUGCAGGUUGAUUCGGCGAAUUGAUGUCAAUGUGAAAAACCUCUAUUGGGCUGAUAGUGGUGAUUUGGUAGCCAUUGCAAGUGAUACGUCGUUCUACAUCCUGAAGUAUAAUCGUGACGUGGUUUCUUCUUAUUUGGAUAGUGGAAGACCCAUUGACGACCAAGGUGUUGAAGAUGCUUUCGAGCUUCUUCAUGAAAUGAAUGAACGUGUUAGGACUGGUCUAUGGGUUGGGGAUUGUUUCAUUUACAACAACUCCUCCUGGAGACUCAAUUACUGUGUUGGUGGUGAGGUAACCACCAUGUUUCAUUUAGAUAGACCUAUGUACUUGUUGGGUUAUCUUGCUAGUCAAAGCAGGGUUUAUCUGAUCGACAAAGAGUUCAAUGUUAUGGGGUACACAUUACUCCUUAGCCUAAUUGAGUACAAAACUCUUGUAAUGCGGGGAGACUUUGAAAGAGCCAAUCAACUCUUGCCUUCAAUUCCCAAAGAGCACCAUAAUAGUGUGGCACAUUUCUUGGAAUCACGUGGUAUGGUAGAAGAAGCACUUGAAGUGGCAACUGACCCUGAUUACAGAUUUGACUUAGCCAUUCAGCUUAGUAGACUUGAUAUUGCAAAGGAAAUUGCAUCUGAAGUUCAAAGUGAGUCUAAAUGGAAGCAAUUAGGAGAGCUAGCAAUGUCUACUGGGAGGUUAGAGAUGGCCGAAGAUUGUUUAAAGCAUGCUGUGGACUUAAGCGGUUUGCUUCUGCUCUAUUCUUCUUUAGGAGAUGCUGAAGGGAUAUCAGAACUUGCUGUUCUUGCCAAAGAGCAAGGAAAGAACAAUGUUGCAUUCCUUUGUUUAUUCAUGUUGGGUCGUUUGGAAGAAUGCCUUGAGCUGUUGGUGGAAAGUAAGCGGAUACCUGAGGCUGCUCUAAUGGCUCGAUCUUAUCUUCCAAGUAAGGUGUCAGAGAUUGUAGCUAUUUGGAGAAAAGAUCUAAACAAGGUUAAUCCUAAAGCUGCUGAGUCGUUGGCUGAUCCUGAAGAGUAUCCUAAUUUGUUUGAGGAUUGGCAAGUUGCUCUUUCUGUUGAGUCUAAAGCUGCACAGACAAGGGGUGUUUACCCAGGUGCAGAGGAAUACUUACACCAUGCUGAUAAGUCACACAUGACCCUUGUGGAGGCUUUCAGGAACUUGCAAGUUGAAGAAGAGGAACUUCUUGAAAACGGAGAUGCAAGUUACGAGGUUACUGAGCAGAAUGGUGAACAGAUUGUUGAGGAACAGAAUGAUGAACAUACAGUUGAGGAACAGAAUGGAGAAGAUGGGAGUCAAGAAGAGGCUGUGGUGGUGGAUGCUGAUUCUACAGAUGGUGCAGUACUCGUUAAUGGUAACGAGGCUGACGAAGAGUGGGUGCUGACACCAAAUCACUAGGUUCCUGUGAAGAUUUUCGGUCCAGCCAUAUGGAUCCCUUACUUAGGUUUCCUGGAAAGGGCUGAAGAAGAGGUGAUUUUGCGGACCGAUUGUCUCUGUUACCAUGUGGUGUGGCUUUUGUUGCAAGUUGCAAUUUACGUUACGACGGGCACAAUAUGAAUAGUUUCCCAUAGCUUCAGUUAGUUUGCUUUUUCGGAUCGCAUGUUAGCAUAUUCUUUGAGGCCUUUCUCUUCCCCCAUCCUAAAAGUUUUCUUGUGCCAUUGUGAAUGUAGAAAAGAAUUGAUCUAGCCAUAAUUACCCAAUUAAAAUUAUUUUCCUAUUCUUGAAAAUUUUCACCAUUUUGCUUUUCCCACAAAUUGUGUUUGUGGGAUUGUUUUUGUUCUUUUUUUUUAAAUGGAUCCUGGGAUGUAAACAUCUGAUUAUAAAAAUAUAUGUUUCUCAAUAACAUGCCGAUUGCUGCUU